AUGGAGUUUAGAUCUAUUCCAAAGCCUAUUGCUAGUGAAGAUAUUGAAUUGAUUAAUGGAGAGAAAUUUAUCAAUGACUUUGACUCUUUUUGUAAUUUGGAAGAUGCAAAUAAAAGACUUCCAUCAAUUAGGAAAACAGGAGAAGCAGCACGAUUUUUGUUUAGUCCAACCCAAUGUAAAGAAUUUGUUAGUAAAUUAGUUAAAGAAAUAGAAAAAGAAGAAACAGUUAGUAUUAAAGUUAUUGCUAUUCAACAAUUAAUUUAUUUUAUUGAAAAAUGUCAUUCAGAAAAUAUUAAUUUAUAUAAUGAAUUAUAUGGAUUAAUGAAAGAAUUAGUAAAAGAUGAAACAGAAGAAAUAGCAUUAGCAGCAAAAGAUGUAAUGAAGAAAUUAGGGGAAUAUUUAAAUGAAGAUAAAGAGAUUGAAGAAUAUUUAGACCAAGUAGAUUCAUUAAUAGGAAAUGUAGAUGGAUUUAUAAGUUCAAUAGGACUUGAUUUACUUAAUUAUUUUGCUGCUAAAUCAUCAAAAGAAAAUGUAAAAAAAUUUAUUUUUAAUAGAUUAAAGAAAAUGUCACAAAGUAUUCAAUUUAUUAUGAGAAAAGGAGCUGUCACUACAUUCCCAGCAAUAUUAUCAAAUAUUGAAGAAGAAGAUAUUCCAGAAGUACUUUCAAUAUUUGAUGAAUUAUCAAAAGAUUCAGUUUAUUCAGUUAGAAAAACAUGUGUUGUUGUAUUAAACCAAAUUCUUAAUAUAUUUACAAAUAAUAAACCAAAAGUAUUAGAAUAUAUUAUUCAAUUUAUUGAAGAUAAUUCAAGAUAUGUUAGAUUCCAAGUAAUUGUUAAUUUUGGUAAGUUUAUUCAAUUUAUUGGUAAAGAUUUAAUUAAUCAAAAAAUUAUUGAUUUCUUUAAUAACAAUUGUGGAAAUGAAGCAGAUUCAGAACAACAAUAUUAUGCAGCUUAUUAUUUUGUUACUUUAAUUCAAACUAUUGGUGGUAAUCAAUGGAAUCUUGUUGCUGACUCUUUUAGUAAAUUAGCACUUAGUAUACAUUGGAAAAAUAGAAAAUGUAUUGCAUCAUCAUUACAUUUAUUAGCACAUGAAGUUGGAAAUGAAAUUACAAUGAGUUAUCUUAUUCCAGCACUUGAUAAAUAUCUUCAAGAUUAUGAAGAAAUACAAUAA